GAUGGCGGCCAGAAGCCCUUUGUGCCCUGCUCUCAGGCCAAGACUGUGCCCAGGCAGAGCCUGCUGGAGCCAGAAGAGGGCAGCAUGGGAGUCCCCGCCCCCCAACUAACUGGACCACUUCUCUCUCCCCUCCGGGUUUCCUCCCAUAUUGGACCACCAUGAAACUGCACCUGUACUCAGUUUCUUACAUGGGCACAGAAGACAAGCACCAGACCAGAAGGGCAUCUUGUUCAAGAAGGGGCCCCGAAACACCAGCACCACUACUUCAUUCUCUGGGGAACCUCCUCUUCCACCUGGAACACCAGGCAGAACACACAGCCCUGGGCCUCAUUUUGUUGAACUGCCAGGUGGAGCGACACCUUAAGGCCACAGAAACCUAUGUCUUUACCAUCCUGACCCCUGGGGUGGAGGGCACAGCCUACAAGCUGGCUGCAGAAAAACAGGAGGAGCUGGGAGCUGGCUGGGGUGAGCUGGAGGCAGCUGGCUGUGCUGCUACCCUCCACCCCCAGGCCCAUUGCCAGGAGCUGUGCCAGGCAGUUGGCCAAGAGCCCAGCUCAACCCCAGAGGGCUGUGGCUUUCUAGCCACUCUCAGUACCCCCUCCAGCUUCCAGGAGUUGCAUGAGCACUUUGGGAAGGAGAGCCAGGUGCUGCAGGUGGUACACAGAAAGCUCCAGGCCAGUGACAGUGGAGGCCGCAGAUCCCAGCCAAAGCUGGAGCAGGAGCUCAACCAGUGUUUGUUGAUGAGUGACCAAGAGAUGGACCAAAGACCAAGAGACACCUACUCACCAAGCUCAGCAGACUGCUUCAAUAGAGACCCAGGCCCCGGCUCUCUCCCUCCCUCUCUAAUCCUUGCCCCAACCCCCUCAUCAAAUAACAAGGCAGGAGACCAAGGGUCCAGGUACAACAGCAGGUUCUUUUCCGGUUCCUCAAAGCGCCGCAUGGGCUGGGGCAGAGAGAGAAGAGAAUGUAAACAUUGGGUUCCACCCCCGGAGCUCAAGGAAAAGACCCUUUACCCAGAUAGGGGCUGGAGGGUUGGAGGGAACAAGGUGAAAGGUGGGGGUCCUGGUGAGACAAAGCAGGGGAGGCCUGAGAAUACAGAGCAAGGUGGGUGA